GCUGUUGGUGGCGGGUGGAGGUGGUGGCGGUUACGGUGGAGAAAGGCGCGGGCGCGGGGUGGCCAAUUGGGAAAGGGCACCAGGAGAUCCAGGGCUCCCCGGAUUUUAGCCAGACUUUGCCCGCAAUCCAUCCGGACUUUCCGCCGGUCGGUGUCCCAUCCGUGCGUGUCCCUCUCCCCCUCCUCCCCGGCGAAAGCGAGACGACACAGCCAGCCCGGGGGCGUGCGUGCCUAUAUAGCUUCAACUGCGUGAUCAAGCCCAAGCUGCCUAUAGCUAGCUAGCUACGAGUUGGUGUGGUAAGAGGAGCUAUAGACCCUAUAUCUUCUAUAUAUUCUUCUUAUCUAGCUGCCUUCUCUUGCGCGCCCUGUGCUGUGUACGCGAGGGCGGUGCGGCCUGUGUAUAAAUUCGGGCGCUUGUGGCACUCAUUGGGUAAAGAGCGGCUGCUCUUUCUCUCUCUUGGGAUCGACCGAGAGUACGUGAAAGAGAUUGCCAACUGAUUAAGUUGGUUCUCUGCUAGGCGCUACUACACGAAGGAACUGCAAAGACCGUGCUCUGAUAGGUUGGGGCCUGCGCUGCCGCUGAUCAGGCUUCUGUUCUUCCUCUAGUGCAAUAUUCACACCGAUAGCGGAAUAAAAUGGACACUUUCUCCCAUGUUCCACCGGGUUUCCGGUUUCAUCCUACUGACGAGGAGCUCGUUGAUUAUUACUUGAGGAAGAAGGUGGCAUCAAAGAAGAUUGACCUGGACGUCAUAAAGGACGUUGAUUUGUACAAAAUCGAGCCAUGGGAUCUCCAAGACAAGUGCAAGAUCGGUAUGGAGGAGCAGAACGACUGGUACUUCUUCAGCCACAAGGACAAGAAGUACCCAACGGGCACCCGCACCAACAGGGCGACGAGCGCGGGGUUCUGGAAGGCGACGGGGAGGGACAAACCCAUCUACACCAACAACUGCCUCGUCGGGAUGAGGAAGACGCUCGUCUUCUACAAGGGCCGUGCGCCCAACGGCCAGAAGUCGGACUGGAUCAUGCAUGAGUACCGCCUCGAGACCAACGAGAACGGAGCCACGCCCGAGGAAGGAUGGGUGGUCUGCCGGGUGUUCAAGAAGCGAGUCGCAACGGUGCGGAGGAUGGCAGAUAUGAACUCGCCUUGCUGGUUCGACGACCAUGGCGCUGGCGGUGGGUUCAUGCCGGAUCUCGACUCGCCGAGGCAGCUCGGGUACCAGCACCAGAACUUGGCGGCGUACCACAGCCAGCCGCAGCAGCAGCAGCAUCUGUACCACUGCAAGCCAGAGCUGGAGUACCAUCACCUCCUGCCGCAGGAGGCCUUCAUGCAACAGCUUCCUCUUCUGGAGAGCCCCAAGCCUACAGCCUACAUUGGCCACGGCAGCAGCAGCAGCGUACCAUCGUCAAUCAGCAACCACCCCCUUGCGCACGACGGAGCCUCCAGGUUCGCAGCGCAUCAACCGCCGAUGGACCAUGCACUUUACACCGGUGACUCGUCGGCCACGGACUGGAGGCUCCUCGACAAGUUCGUCGCGUCUCAGCUGUUCAGUCAUGACGGUACCAAUCCCAAGGAGCAGGCCACUCACCCCAAUCCGGCUAUGCAGGUGUUCCAGGUUGAGAACAAGCAUGAUCAGGCCUUGGACUACGCUUCAACGUCUGCCGGCGGCUCCGGCGGAGGCUCGGCUCAUCUGUGGAAAUAGCAUGCACAAGCAAGCACAACUCCAUUGGACACCCUACACAAUUUAUACAAUCCAGAUCUGAUAUAGUGUACAAAUAUAGCCGGCCAUUGUAUGCCAUGAUUUAUCAUGGUAUAUAUAUGCACACACACAUAUAUAUACAAUAAUAAAUAUGUAACCGAAGUGGUUAUGUAGUAGUAUCUAUUAGUAUUUGGUAUCAGGUCUCUGGACCUGAUGCUAAUAAGGUAGCCGAAAGCUGAGGCCAAGGGGCUUCCGUGACUGACUUGACCAUUUUGUGAAAAUAGUCAAGCUGUUGAUGGACAUCUAUUUUGUGCAGUCCAUCACACAAAACGGCAGCUAAGGUCACUGCCGAUGCACCGACAAUGUUUUAUCAACUCUAUAUAU